AUCGUAUAAUAAGACUUACAAGCAGCACCAUUUUAACACCUUCACUUCCUCUUCCUCAUUCUUCUGUCACCGGAAUCUCACGCUCUACCGCCGUUUCAACCUGACUUAAUCAUCUGGAAGCUGAUAUCAUCAUGGACAUUGACUCUUGGGCCUCUAGAGUCCACUCUGCUAAGCACUUCUCUGCUGUCCAAGCUUCUCGCCUCAACUCUGAUAAUCACUCACUAGUGGAUGAUUCAGAAGGUGACGAUGAUGCAAAAGCUUGCUUCCCAUGUCCCUUCUGUUAUGUUGAUAUUGAAGUACAUUUGGUCUGUAGCCAUCUGCAGGAAGAACAUUGCUUUGACUUGAAAAAUGCAGUCUGUCCUCUGUGUGCAGCAAAUCUUGGAAAAGAUGCCACUGAACAUUUCAUUGUGCAGCAUGCUAGUUUGUUAAAGCGCAGGAAAAGAUUUCAAAAAUCUGGUUUGUGGAAUGGUGGUUCAGCAAUGCUUGGCAAGGAAUUAAGCUCAUUUCUUGGAUAUUCGGUAACUGGUAGAGGAAAUGCUCAUGAAUCUGUAUCAGAUCCACUGCUAUCAAAAUUUCUUUGCAAUGCACCCCUUUCUGACAAUAAAAUUACACAGCAAGAUGAUUCUUCUGACGAGGUCUCAGUAGCUUCUGAUUUGAAAAGGGAACCAACAUUUCCAGAUGAAGUUCAUGAAGAGGAGAUUGAAGAGAGAAGGCAGAGAGCAACAUUCAUUCAACAGUUGAUCCUGUCAACCGUGUUCUGAGUUAGUGUAUUCUCAAGGUUUUCCAGAUGAUACAUAGUAGACCGGUCUUCGGUUACCCAUUACCAAUGGCACCGUAUCAAUGAGCGCUAAGUUUUUAGGAAGUGAAGCAGUUUCUAUAUGAGGUGUUCCCGGGGUGUAUUUCUGGGAAUGAUGGCCUAUGAAUGUAUUAAGUCUUAUGUAUUUGUAGCUUGUUGGCUAAAUUAUAUCCGGUUAAGAAAAUAAAGUCUUAUGAUCUUAAAGCUA